GGGUGCCUGACAGUGAAACACGUUACAGUAUUUAACAACACAAAAACAUGGUUUAGCAGUUUGGGUGAUCAUAUUUACACACCACAUGAACCCAUUCUUUUUGUCCAUUCAAUUUCCGGAACUUGUAUGGACUGAUGUCGAUGAGGGACACUAAAUGACCGUGGUAUGCACUAAAAAGGACAUUUGACACUGAUGAGUCACAGUUAAGUGAAUGAAUGUGAUUUGUUGUAGGGGAAUCCUCACUGAUCAAGCACGAUGACGUCUUCGUGUUGAGUGUACUGCUGAGCCAAGCGUAGCGCAAGAUCGUUGGCCUCGGAGCUGUCAGAAGAACACGUUGAAGCACUGUUAGGUGAAAUGAAGAUGGUAAUAACAUGUUCGACCCAGUGAGGUGUGGAGGGCACAUGGCAUGAAUAAUGCCAGGUGUUUGAAAAAAGGGCCCUGCGUGUCUGUUCCUGGAUCAGCGCUACCAUUAUGGUGACACUCAUCACGGAGCAGCUCCGAAAGCAAAGUUUGGAAGAACCUUAUCACAAGGCUUUCAGUGUGAAUGUGGUACGUAAUUUGCUUCAGUUAGGUUCCACGGUGGUACAGUUCAGCUCGGUUUGGUUCGGUAUUUAAUUAUGAUUUUUCAGUAUUUAAUGACCAUUAAAGUUAACAUUUAAAAAACAUGGGGGAGAUUGUGUAUGGAUAAGUUUGUAUGUUUGGUACAUUAAACAAACCAAAUACCACCCAACUACCUUAAACAUUUGCACAUAACAGAAUUUGUCUUUUGUUUUUGCUUUAUUUGACUAUUCUUGCUGGAACUAUAGUAUGUACUUUAGUGUUGAUUAAUGGGAUGGGUUACCUGUUUGAUACAAACUUCUAAAUCAGUCAAUAUAUAUGCUCAAACUACAUUUCAUUGUUAUUUUUAUUAGCUGUAAUUAUUGUUCAGGGUGUCGCCUGCCUCUCACUCAUUGUCAAGCGGGAUAGGUUCCAGCUCACACGCAACCCUCAUGGGGAUAUGCGAUACAGAAAAUAGCCGCAAGAAUGGGUGGAUAUUUAUCAAUCUGAAGAUGGGAUCAGGUUAAUGAAUUUACACAAUAAUUAUCAACAAGGUAGGAUAUAUAUCAAAAUACAACACUCUAUUUCUGUUGAACUCAGCGAGCAUCAACACAACAUUUCUAGGAAAUCAUAAUGUCCCAUCACUGACCUGUUUUUAGAACACUCCCCUGUGCUGCUCAUGCAGUCCACAAGGACGUAAUGCUGUCCAGUGGUUGGCCAAAAGAACGCUCACCAUUUUUAUUAAUUAAUUUAUAUUGAAAGAAAAACUUGAUUUUUUGGGGGGUGAAAAAUCAAGAUCACAUUGUAGAUUACAAGUGGAAAAGGAUUCAAAGCUGUAUUUCUUGUUUUGGUUGUGCUCUGGGGAUAGGCAUAAUUAAUGUUUUCAUCUUAAUUAAUCGUGUCUUGUUGUAAUUGGAGUCAAAUGGCACCUUUUGAGCGCAACCAACACAGGCACGUUAAUUCAGUCUCAAUUAGGUUGUACUCUGCUAGCUAGUUAUGACACAGACAUAAAUAAGAGUUAAGUACAUUUGUGGAGAUUCUCUCGUCUCAAAAUGUUUUUAAAAUGACGUAGCAGUCAUUCAAGGAAAUGCAGUCAAUUGCCCUGUGUGCAGAUCGGACUCUUUGAAGUUGUUUAUGUUCUAUGUAUAAUUACAGGACAAUUCCAUGCAGUUUGGUUUGUUUGUUUGGUAUGGUAUGAUAUGAUGUCAUACUAUAUAGCUGAAGCAGCUCUUGGCAUCUUGCUGACACACCCGUGGUGGAAAAACAAACCUGUAUUGCUUUGUGGAAAUGUGGCUUCACUCUAGGGCAGGAGUGGCCAACCAGUCCGAGACUAAAAGCCACAUUUUUUACUGUUACCGCAAGGAGCCACAUCAUAUACAUGAGCACACAUGAACAACUACUACUACUACUAUUUUUUUUCCCUGCCAUUUUGAGAGAGAAAUUGACACUAAUUGUUUCCUUGAAUGGGUUUGCCCCUCCUCCUUUGCGGAAUUUCACCUCAUGCACAUGACGAAAAUUCCGUAUUGAAGUGAACACGCAGCGUUUGACGAAAAUACCAUAUUGAACUCAAGCGAAGCGAACACGCACAAAAAAACCCGUCAAUGUUGAUAUGAACGUAAAGGAGCCGCAUGCGGCUCGCGACCUGCGGGUUGGCCACACCUGCUCUAGGGUUUUUUGGGGGGGGAUGGAAUUUGAAUUACUUGUCUCAUGUUUUCAGACCCUCCCUGCAUUAGGCUCCAGCCCCACUAUCUCCUGGACUGCACGCAAGCCGACACAAGAAAGGAGCUUUGCCACACAGCCAUCAUUCAAAGCCCAACCUGCAACCUGUGGACUGGAUUCCACGUGGCCUCACCAAGUGGCAAAAGCUCACCAUGAACCUGAGGUUUCCAUUACAGCUGACUGUUUCCAGUGCUCCCCACCACCACCCCCUCCAAAGCGUCACUGUCGCUCCCUCUCUGUUCCGGAGGACCUGUCUCAGUGCCGCUCCACGUGGCAUCCUUGUGCAUCCAAAGUUUGGACCCCAGUAAAACGUGCUACCCAAAGUGCAGGAACCUCUCAUUUAAGCUCGGUUGCCAGCUCGUUUCCUCUUUGCGGCCCCAGGACUUUCUAUAAAUCAUCCUCUCUGCAUUCUUCCACGAGCCCUACUUUCUUUAGCUUAGCAUUAUCCACUGACUCUCCGCUGUCAUGGAGCUUUCCGUGGGACCCAUGUGACUCCCCCAAAACAGCUUGCUUGUCGUCAUUCGCCACCCCAUCGUCUUGCUCCUCGUCACCGACGCCCCUUGUGUGUCACGCUGCGCUACACCGCCGGUACUCCCUGUCACCUUUGCAAGUUCUGAACACGUCAGUGUUGUCCCAGUGCCCCCAGCUGGCCCACAACUCUGCUCUGCCAUAUGGCUGCUCCGGUAUGGAUUGCUCAGCUUGGUCACCAUCCCCUACUUCAGCCUGCAGUACACCAUCCUCCUCUCGACGCGACCUGCAUCGAGCAGUACCGCGAUGCCGCUCACAGCCCUGCGACAUGCGCAAACCUGGCUUGAAGAGGCCCCACGACCCGGACGUGCUACCUGGCCCGAGGCCGGGCCUCGACUUUAGCAAGAUGACACAGAUUGGAAAUGGUGAGGCCCAAGUUUCAUGUUCAAAUGCUUGCACGGCCGUGGUACACUCACAAAUGGACCAGAAAACUGUGCCGUCGCCUGUGGAGUUUUUGCAUAGAGCCAGCAUCAGACCACUGAGUGAAAGUGAAGAGGAGGAUGAAGACGAUACAAUUAAAAGAACUGUGACGCCUGAGGCCGAUUUGGUUUUUGAACGAGACUGCACAGAAUUGGAUUUGAACCUCAUAGAAGAAAACUGAUAGAUUGAAAUCGCUGCUUCCUGUCGUCACAGCUUCCUUUACUAUGUUCAGCACACUUGUACAUGCUCGCUGCCUCUGGCUUAUGACUAUAUUCACAAACGAAGCAGUUUGAAGCUAUAAACAAACCACUCUGCAGCUAGGUACUGUUAAAAAAAAAAAAAGUCAGUGUCAUAGUGCCUCUCUUUGCAGCACUCAGUGAAAUUGACAAAUCUUUGUGCAGGCAGACUCUUGUCUGUAUGGCUUUCUGCUGGUAAAUGAUUUAUUUUAUUUAAAGUGAGGCUGCCAUGUGUAGUAGUUGUUCUGUUAUUCUUUUCUGGAGUUGAGCAGAGUAGAUUGGCUUUAGAGAGCAACACCGUUUGCCAGCCAUUCAAAUUUUAGUCUUUGGAAAAGUGACUAACAUGAAGUUAUCCAGUAGGUUGCACAACAGGCGUGAUUACUCAUUCAUUGGCAGUACAAACAUUAUUGGCAGACCCUCCCCAAAAAAACAUGUUUUAACAUUGCCAUGUAGGUUUGGAUCAAACCAUAGUUAAAAAAAAAAAUGUUGGAAAUGUGAUUUCAAUUUACCCUGUAAAAGUGUUUUGAAGCGUAUGCCAGUGUAUGCUCAAACUGGUCAGAACAUUAGGCAUGCAACCUUCUGCUGUCCUCUUGAAAUUUGUGGGUAAAUUGAGCCUACCUCAGAUGACUUUGUUUCCUGUACUGAUCAUCAGUCAGUUUCAGGGCACAUGGACAAACAACCAUUAAGCCAGGGACAAUCAAAAGUAUCCAAUUACCUUAACAUGCGUCUUAAGGACGCGGGGAACAGUUUUUUUUUUUUUUUACUGUCAUGCACCGCACAGUCGAAUGAAAUCAGUACAAGAGCCAAAUCAGCAUUUUAUACUUUACAAAGACAAUACUCAGUUUCAAGCAUUCUGACAGAUUAUUCUCCUUCUUUAUUGUCAUAUUGUACUGAUAUAAUGUAAUAACUGAAAGCUGACUAAGUUCAGAUAGAAGCACAGCCCAUGCCAAUCACCUUCAUUAAAAAAAAAACCAUCUCAAAGUAAAAUAAGAAGUCUCUGACUAGAUCUUCCAUUAGCGGUCACUAGCUUGCGAUGGUGUGCCUAAUAUUCUGAUGAGUGGAUGCAUAUCUUAUAUCCUCACUGAAAGUACACCUAUUAGCUAAACUUGAAUAUUUGGAUGUUGUGGCCGCGUACAGUAUAACUAGUCUCUGAUAAAGUCAUAUCCAUAAUGUUGACCCACCUUUCGAGGAAAAUGGGCAUUGUUACAGUUAAGGUUGUAGUUAAAGUUUUAAACUAUCAGCCUUUGGAUUGAGGUCUUUGGAUGUGACUAUGAGUUGAGGACAUAAUACUUAUUAGUUGAAUAUACUGUACAUAAAUUUAGGCUCCACAUGAUACAUUCCGAAAUACUGCUGCCAAUCCUGAAAUCCCUCAUUCACUAUAGAGAUGUGUAGUGUUUGAGUAUGUUAGAGCAUUUUUGAGUAAUCCUUUUUGUCCAGUUAUCCAUGUUGUUCAGUGUUCUCACCGGUCCUCACGCUGAAAAGUAUUCACAGGUCAGAUAAGAUCUGUUUGGAGGCUUUCGUGGAUUUUGCCUACAUAUUUGACAAGUCGGGAACACCUCCGAGUGCCUCUGCCACUGCAGAUCCCACAGUUAUCUUCCAUUGUUUGAACUGAUUUAACUUCCAUGUUGGUGGUUUGGUUAUUAAUGACAAAUGUUUGUAAUUGGACCAUGCCUUAAACUCAAUAUAGAGCUUUAUGAAUUUCAGUUCUUUGGAGUGGUUAUGUUCUGCACUUGACUAGCCUGCCGAAUUACAAAAAUUAAAAUGCUGCAGCCAGCCCAUUACAUAUAGUAUGGCACAAUGUAAAGGAUUGUUAAGUGAAUAGAACUGAGUCAGCGUGGGUGUGAAUGAAUAAUGCAAAUGAAUUUUGGUGGCCUUUGAAACGAUUGAUUUUGCAUAUGUUUUCAGAUGGAAAUAUUCUGGAUAUGAAUAUAUUGCACAAUUUAUGUACCAAUAAAAUUUGAUAGAGAAUGACACAAAA